GAGGACGAGUCUCGGAGAUGCCCUUAAUGCUCACACAUAACCCCUCCGACAGCAAAAGGCAUUCCCCACUGGAAAAUCCUAAUUUCAGAAGAAGAAGAGGAAAACCCCAGCAAUGGCGGGGCGGCGUGGGCGGGGCCGGGGGCCGCCGAGGGAGGAGAAAGAGCUGAUGGACGGGGCCAUCGCCCACUUCGCGACGAUGGGCUACCCCAAGGCCGACAUCCGCAGCACCGUCGAGCAGCUCAUCGAGGUGUAUGGGGAAGGGGGAAUGUUGCACAUCAAGGCAGAUAAAUACAGCGUCGUGCUGGACGCGCUCUUUGAGAAGCAGGAGCAGGAAGAGCAGCCACAGCUGCUGCUGGAGCAGGAGGACCCUAAUACGCAAAAUGAAGCAGCAAUGUGCGAGGCACCAGUAGAAGUCGUCAUGUCAAUUGUGGAGGCGCGCAAUGAGAUAUCAGCAGUUGAGGGAGCAGACCCUAUGCUUAUCGAUGACCUGCCUGCUCCUGAAGCUACACUGCCACAUCCUGCAGCUACUGGAACUAGCCGUGCAAGGCGCCCCUGCUAUGGAUGGAUCAGCGAAUCUGAGAGUGAUUCGGACUAUGAAGAAUAUCUCGCCAGUCAACAGCAUGAGGUGGAUGCUCCGAUCCCAGUAGAAUAUGCUUAUUCUGUACAAGGAAGCAACUGAGUAGAUGGGGUGCGAGCGAAGCCAUUUAACUGGAUAUGGAAAUUGGAUCACUGUUAUAAAGUUUGCCAGAGUUAGGCCUUAACACAAAUUAGCCACAGUUUUCAAGUCUACGGAAGAUGCUUAUAC